CUAUUUUAAGGAGUUACUAGUCGGGUAGAUAAAAAUUCUUCUAGUUGAACUCAAAUAUUGCACUACUCGCAGUUGACCUGGCUGCACAGCAUCUGAAAGUUUCGACCUUUGAUGGUCCGAAUACACGGCUUAAACUGUAACCUGCUAAACUGCGGCAUCUCUGGGGCCAUAGAAGUCAGCGAAUUGUAUCUGAGCCUCUCAGGUAUAUAAACAAUUUGCAGGUUUUGGUCUGGCUUUGUGAGGAGAAUGGAUUUCACUAAGAUGAAUAGGGGGGAACUGACCAUGGUUGGAUCUGGGAUGUGUACAAUGCUUACAAUGCAUUUGACACUACAGCUCUUGUCCCAACACCUUUUUUACUGGAAGAACCCUAAGCAGCAGAAAGCUAUUAUAAUAAUCAUACUUAUGGCCCCAAUUUAUGCACUUAACUCAUUUGUUGGAUUGUUGGAUCAUAAGGGAAGCAAAGAAUUUUUCAUGUUCCUUGACUCAAUUAAGGAAUGCUAUGAGGCUCUUGCAAUUGCUAUGUUUUUGGCAUUAAUGUAUAGCUACUUGAACAUAUCCAUUAGCAAAAACAUAGUGCCAGAUGAGAUCAAAGGGAGGGAGAUACGCCAUUCUUUCCCAAUGACUUUAUUUCAGCCUAGAACUACUCAUUUGGACCACAAUACAUUGAGGCUUCUAAAGUACUGGACAUGGCAGUUUGUUAUAAUCCGCCCUGUCAGUUCCAUCUUGAUGAUAACGUUACAGAUCCUAGGGUUCUACCCAAGUUGGCUGGGCUGGACGUUCACGAUAAUUCUCAACAUUUCCUUUUACGUCGCAAUGUAUUCGCUGCUUGCUUUCUAUCAUCUAUUCUCAAAGGACCUUCAACCACACAAACCUCUUUCCAAGUUCCUCUGCAUCACGGGCAUAGUUUUCUUCUCCUUUUGGCAGGGGAUCUUGCUUGACAUUCUGGUUGCAAUGGACAUUAUAAAAUCACAGCACUUCUGGCUGGACGUUGAGCAUAUUCAGGAAGCCAUUCAAAAUGUCUUAAUUUGUGCCGAGAUGGUUUUCUUUUCCCUUAUGCAGCAAUAUGCAUUCCAUGUUGCCCCCUACAGCGGUGAUGUGGAAGCAAGAUUGAAACUAAAAAAGCGUGAAUAGUAUGUUCCUAACUAUCAUUGUAUCUCUUCAUUAUAGUAUAGAGAUGUGUAUAGGGUAGGUAACCAGUUAUAAUUGUGAAUUCGCUCAGGUGCCGGAUAUAGGGUAUGCCCUUAGGCUUUAACAUACUAGGAGCCCGUUUGGAGAACUCUGUUUUCGGCUUAUCAGGCUUAUCAGCCAGCUUUUUCACCAAACACGUAACUUUUACUUUCGCGCGCUGAAUUGUGUAAUAAGCCGAAAAAGUAAGGUUGGAGUUACUUUUCUGGCUGUAUUGGCUGAAGUUAUUGUAGAGGACCAUUUUAGCUAUUUUUACAUAUAAUUUUUUCUUUAAUUUAUUAAUAAAAUAUAUUUUUAAAAUAUUUUUUUCUUAAAUCAGCAGAAUCAGCCAAAACAGCCACUCCAGCCAGAAUAUCAUAAAUUUAAGCAGAAUCAGCCAAAACAGCCGAUUUUGGUGCUACCAAAUGGGCUCUAGGAGUGCUCUUACUGUUAUACUCCGUAUGUUACUAGUACCAUUUUUAAUACGAAGUAUAUACAAGGGGCAUUUGAGUAAUUCAUAUGGUUGCCGGGUUUUGUUGUGCAUUCAUUGGUGUAACCAGUUUAUCGUGUAUAGAUAUAUUUUGAAUGUUUUGUAGAAAAAGAGAGAAUAGUAUAUGGACGAGACAGGAAAUUAAUGAUAAUUAAUAAUCAACUCGAGCUUACACAAA